AUGUCGUCCGCCUCCGGCCACCGCAAUCCGUCGCGGUCCGUAUCCUCCUCCACCGUCAUCGCCGACAAUGCAGCCGGGUACCACGACCUCAAGAUCGACGGCUACCUCACCAUCAAGGGCUUCCCUACCGGAGUUCCCAUCAAGUCCAGCCCUUUCACCGUCGGCGGCCACCGCUGGCGGAUUUGCUUCUUCCCCAACGGCGACCGCGCCAUUACCGUGGGUCCCUUCUCCUUGUCGCCAGAGGCUUCACCCUUCCUCUUCCUCGACGAGGUUGUGGCCAGGCCGCGGUGGUGGUUUUCCGUGCCCCCGUCCGACCUGCAUCGGCACCUGGCUGACCUCCUCCAGAGCGAGAAGGGCGCCGAUGUGGUGUUCCAGGUCGGGCGGGAGACGUUCCCGGCGCACCGGUGCAUGCUGGCGGCUCGGUCGCCGGUCUUCAGUGCCGAGUUCUUCGGCGCCAUGAAGGAGAGCCGCACCGCUGCAGAGGUGGUACAGGUAAACGACAUGGAGGCGCCCGUGUUCAAGGCAUUGCUCUGCUUCUUGUACACCGACUCAUUGCCUGAGAUGAGGAAGGAAGAUGAAGAUGUCAUGGGCCAGCACCUACUUGUCGCCGCGGAUAGGUAUGAUAUGGAGAGGCUCAAGUUGAUGUGUGAGGGUAAGCUGUGCGAGUACAUUGAUGUGGGCACGGCCGCAACCAUCCUGACACUGGCUGAGCAGCACUGCUGCCAUGGGCUGAAGAAGGCAUGCUUUCAUUUUCUUAGUGAUCCAGAAAAGCUGAGGGCAGUCAUGACUAGUGAUGGUUUCAAGCAUCUAAGCAGAAGCUGCCCGUCCAUCAAGAACGAUCUGAUGACUAUGCUCGCGCCUUAG